GUGGGUCGCGGCACCGUUUGCUAUCUGGCCAGGAAGGACGGGGAGGAGUUUAUUAUCAAGGAUUACUGGGCCAUGGGGGGAGAUGAAGAAGCCUUGAAUGAGAUCCACAUGAUGGAGAAGAUGAGCGGCGUCCGCGGUGUCCCCAAGCUUGUCGAAUAUUGGCUUGUCGAGUCCGAGCCCAACAAGGUUGAUCAAACGCAGAAUUAUCGGUUCAAGUCCGUGCGAAGCCUGAAAGGCACAUUCCGUACUCAUGUUCGCGUUGUCUUGAAGCCCCGCGCGCGACCUUUGCAUAAAUUCCGCACAAAGUUAGAGUUGUUGACGUCGAUACGAGAUAUUGUGCAGAUUCAGAAGGAAGCGGUGGAACAGCGCAAGGUCCUCCACCGUGAUUGCAGUCUGAACAACUCCAUGAUUGAGGACGAUGGUAACGGCUCCCAAGGAAUGCUGAUAGAUUGGGAGUUUGCGGUGAAAAUCGCCAAAAAUGAGACCUACACUGUUGGGGGCACCGGAGCCUCGAGUUCGAAACCAUACCCAGCCCCCCUGAUCAAGCACAGCUACCAGGAUGACCUCGAGUCCGUGUUCUACGUGUUCAUCUGGAUUUUGAUCGAAUUU